AAGAAAAGGUUCAAAUUAGACGCAAAGGCCACCUCACCUAACAAGAAAAAGCCCCUUUGAGAUCACCACAUAAAAAGUGUCACUGACAGAAACACACACAGACCAAAAGGAACAACCAUCCUCAUCAAUGGCAGCAACUUCUUCUCAUCUUACUACUUCAUCCCUCACCUCUGUUUCUCUCUCUACCACCUCUCUCUCUCACUUCCCCAACUCUCCCUCUUCCCUUUCAUUCACCACCAUUCAAUAUCCAAAACCAUUAUAUAAAACAACCACCACCAGAACAACAAAACAUGGUGGGCUCAAGAUCCACGCCAUGACAGCUUCAUUCGGAUCUCGAUUAGAGGAGUCUGUCAAGAAAACCGUCACUGAUAAUCCAGUCGUCGUCUAUUCCAAAACCUGGUGUUCGUAUUCUUCUGAGGUGAAAUCGUUGUUUAAUCGGCUCGGUGUGGAGCCGCUUGUUGUUGAAUUGGACCAGAUGGGUGCACAAGGACCUCAGCUACAGAAGGUUCUUGAACGGCUUACUGGGCAGCAUACCGUUCCAAAUGUUUUUAUUGGGGGCAAACACAUCGGCGGUUGUACGGAUACCGUUAAGUUACAUAGGAAAGGGGAACUUGAAGGUUUGCUGGCAGAGGCAAAAAAGGCAUAAUUCUACUCUUUACUCCAGAUGUGUUGUAUCAAUAAGAAAUAGUUGUCUGAUUAUUUUUUUUUUUCACAAAUUUUAAAGCUGCACAAUUGUUUUAUUCUCAAACAAUGAUACCUUUUAUUUUAAUUUGUGGCACUUGUCUUGUAGAUUAAAAAGAUGUAAUUGGUAUGAUAGUGAACAUAUAUGCAUAUGUCAUUGGCAAAUCUUUUUCAUUAA